AUGAGGAACAUCAGGAGAGCCACGGAACAGCUCAUCAGGUUGGGGUGGAAGUUCUGGCGUCUGUCGAUCUGCAAGGCAGUGGUCCCGCUGCAGGCUGCCUGGACCGCCUUCUCUCAGCCUGUCCCAGCCAGCUGUAAGGAACUGCUGAUCCAGCUUCUGUUAUGCGUCUCCCUGGCCAGUGUGGUCGCAGGCCUGGUUCAUCACUGGCUGCUCUCUUUGCAGCUCUAUCCUCUGGGACCCCCUGCCUCAGUGACAGCUGUCUGUGGUGUCCUGGUCUUCCUGAGUCUAGGCCUGGUGCCCCCCAUCCGGUGCCUAUUUGCACUCAGUGUGCCUACCCUGGGCUCCCAGCAGGGCUGCCGGCUGCUCCUGUCCUACAGCGUAGCCAACCUGGCCAUUGCUGUGGUGCCAAACAUGUUAGCCAACGUGCAGGCAGCUGGGCGAGUGCUGAGCUGCGUCACCCAGGGCUCUUUGGAGAGUCUACUGAACACUACUCAGCAGCUGCACCAGGCAGCCAGGGAACUGGGCCCAGCCGGCCAGGCAGUCAGCCGGAGCCUGGCAUUCGAGGCGGAGGGCAAUGGCUCAGCCUUCCGCUUUCACACACACAGGGUCACUCAGCGGAUCCUGGAGGACUUCUCUGGCCUGGAGGUCCUGGCUCAGGCGGCAAUGGGGACUCAGCGGGUGAUCGCUGGGCUGUUUAUGCUGGGCCUCCUGGGCGAGGCGGCCUGGUACCUUCACUGCUACCUCACUGACCUGCGCUUCGACAAUAUCUACGCCACCCGGCAGCUGGUUCAGCAGCUGGCCCAGGCUGGUGCCACACAUCUGCUGGCCUCCCCGCCUCCCUGGCUGCUCCAAACAGCCCAGCCGAAGCUGUCGCAGGAGGAGUUGCUGAGCUGCCUCCUAAGGCUGGGGCUUCUGGCACUGUUCCUGGUGGCCACAGCUGUGGCGGUGGCCACAGACUACGGAGCCUUCCUCCUGGCACAGGCAGCUGUGGCCUGGGCUCAGAAGUUGCCCACUGUCCCCAUCACACUCACGGUCAAGUAUGAUGCGUCGUAUAAGGUUCUGGACUUCAUCCUCUUCGUCCUCAACCAGCCUCCGGUGGAGAGCACGUUUGCCUCGGCACAGCGCUCCUUCCAGUGGGAGCUGCGCUUCACGUCCCAGGAAUGUCUCCUGCCCAAGGCUCAGCCGCCCAGAGUCAGGGAAGCACUGGGCGCGGGCGCCCUGCAGCUUCUAGCGGGCGCCGCCUUGGUGCUCCAGGCCUACGCCUGGCGCCUGCGGCACGCCAUCGCCGCCUCCUUCUUCCCGGCCCAGGAGGCCAGGAGGCUUAGCCACUUGCAGGGCCGGCUCCAAAGGAGACACGACCGGAAUGAAAACCUGGACAGACAGGCCUGCAUCGGGGGGGACCUGGGAACCCAGGGAUGCCGAUCAGGGGGCCAGGGCUCUGAGAUCCCUUGA